AUGGAUGCAACAGAGCCCUAUCUAUACUUCUGGCCAAAAAUCCAGGAAUCUCUCGCAGAUGCAGGUAUCGAAACCGGAUGGUUUCAUAGCACGUAUACACUUACACCACAUGGGAUUUACCCAGUCCAAUUUGGCGAAGCAGUCGAAACCCUGCGAUAUGUGCUAGAAGAUGUUGGGAGAUCACCUGGUGAGGUCCUCAUCGCAGGAGACUCGGCAGGAGGUAGUUUAUGUUUGGCGAUUCUGUCGCAUUUAAAACAUCAUUCAAUCGAUGUGUCUGAUCUCGUUAUGAACGAAUCUAUUAAGGGCGCCAUUCUCCUAUCCCCUUGGGUCUCAUUCAGUCAUGAAUGGCCAAGUGUGAAACUCAACAAACAUAGAGAUAUCGACGCACAAGAAGUCACAGCCCAGUGGUCUCGGUUGUAUCUCAACGGACAACUAUCAAACAACUACAUUGAGGCAGUAAACGCACCGGGAGAUUGGUGGAGCAAUGUUCCAGUGGAACAGACUUUAGUACUUGCAGGUGCUGAUGAAGUCUUAUUAGACCCGAUAAAAUCUUGGACUUCCACAUUCAAAAAAUCAAACCCUGACACCACUCUUGUCAUUGGUGAAAGGGAAUGUCACGUUGCACCCCUUAUCUGGCCCAUGUUUGGUGAUUUCCAUGAAACUGAACAGGAGAUUGCAUUAAAGCAUUGGUUGCUUGAGCGUUUGAGUUGA